AUGCAUCUCUCCAUUGUACUGGUUCUGUCUGCUGCCUGCGCCAUUCACGGUGCUACUCUCCCAAAAGCCUUGUGGGAGUUCGGAGGAACAAUCCAGUGUGUACAACCAGGAGUGAACCCUCUGAUUUACAAUGAAUACGGCUGCUGGUGCGGUCUAGGAGGGGGCGGCACUCCAAAAGAUGCCAUUGAUAGAUGCUGUCGUGUGCAUGACCUCUGCUAUGAAUCGGCAGGCGACAGUGCAGCGUGCGCAGGAGCGCUACCACACCUGAAAAGUUAUAGCUUCACCUGUUCCAACCAGCGCGUCAUUUGUUCAUCAUCUAACGACGCGUGUCAGGCGGCCGUGUGUGAGUGCGACCGAGCCGCGGCCCAUUGCUUCGCCAAUUACAACUACGUCUACAACUCGGAUUACAAGUAUCUGGACUCUAAAGUCUAUUGCAACUAG